CAACAGUCUAUACACAAAUGCUCUGCAUGGUUGCAACAAAGUGCUUUUAAACUUGACAUCCCACUAAAAUAAUCUGGGAUUCUCUGGGGAAACGGUGAUCGAGAGCAUAACUACAAUCUGUUACAAAUGUUAGCAAUUCCAUGUGAUGCCCAGCCAAUACUUCAUCAAGUCGAAUUCCCUCUUUUUAAUGUAAUACUGAGGUAAGUGGAAUAGAAGUUAAUUGCUAAUUUUUCGUGAAUGCGUGUAUAUAUACAUGCAAAGUAUUACACACUCAGUACAUAUACUGGUGAUGGAAUGUGUUUAGAACACUCCAUGGCAUCACUGUGAACAGUGAACUGCAUACAUGUAAAUACUAAAACACUGGCAAUACCCCUGGAUAUGUUUUGAGCUACAACACUGUAAUCCACUGGCAUCACUGGUAUCACUAUAUGAACACUGGCUUCACUGUAAACACUGUAUCACUGGCAUUACUGGCAUCUCUGGAAACACUGGCAUCACUGUGAACACUGGCAUCACUGGAAACACUGGCAUCAUUGGUAUCACUGGUGAAUACUGGCAUCACUGGUAUCACUGUGAACACUGUGAACACUGGCAUCAUUGGUAUCACUGUGAACACUAUGAACACUGGCAUCACUGCAAACACUGGCAUCACUGGCAUCACUGUGAACACUGGUAUCACUGUGAACACUGUGAACACUGGCAUCACUGGAAACACUGGUAUCACUGCGAACACUGGCAUCACUGUGAACACUGGCAUCACUGUAAACACUAGUAUCACUGUGAACACUGGUAUCACUGGUAUCACUGGCAUCACUGGGAUCACUGCAAAUACUGGAAUCACUGUAAACACUGGUAUCACUGGCAUCACUGGGAUCACUGCAAACACUGGCAUCACUGUGAACACUGGAAACACUGGAAACACUGGCAUCACUGUGAACACUGGAAACACUGGUAUCACUGCAAACACUGGCAUCACUGGAAACACUGGUAUCACUGGUAUCACUGGGAUCACUGUGAACACUGGCGUCACUGUGAACACUGGCAACACUGUAAACACUGGUAUAACUGUGAACACUGGCAUCACUGCAAACACUGGCAUAACUGCAAACACUGGCAUCACUGGGAUCACUGGGAUCACUGUGAACACUGGCGUCACUGUGAACACUGGCAUCACUGUGAACACUGGCAACACUGUAAACACUGGUAUCACUGUGAACACUGGCAUCACUGCAAACACUGGCAUCACUGUGAAUACUGGCAUCACUGUAAACACUGGUAUCACUGGCAUCACUGGGAUCACUGCGAACACUGGCAUCACUGUGAACACUGGAAACACUGGAAACACUGGCAUCACUGUGAACACUGGAAACACUGGUAUCACUGCAAACACUGGCAUCACUGGAAACACUGGUAUCACUGGCAUCACUGGGAUCACUGUGAACACUGGCGUCACUGUGAACACUGGCAACACUGUAAACACUGGUAUCACUGUGAACACUGGCAUCACUGCAAACACUGGCAUCACUGCAAACACUGGUAUCACUGGCAUCACUGGGAUCACUGUGAACACUGGCGUCACUGUGAACACUGGCAACACUGUAAACACUGGUAUCACUGUGAACACUGGCAACACUGUAAACACUGGUAUCACUGUGGACACUGGAACACUGGCAUCACUGGAAACACUGUAAUCACUGGCAUCACUGGCAUCACUGCAAACACUGGCAUCACUGUGAACACUGGCAUCACUGCAAACACUGGCAUCACUGUGAACACUGGCAACACUGUAAACACUGUGAACACUGGCAUCACUGCGAACACUGGCAUCACUGCGAACACUGGCAUCACUGGAAACACUGUAAUCACUGUAAUCACUGGCAUCACUGUAAUCACUGGCAUCACUGCAAACACUGGCAAACACUGCGAACACUGGCAUCACUGCAAACACUGGCAUCACUGCGAACACUGGCAUCACUGCAAACACUGGCAUCACUGCGAACACUGGCAUCACUGCGAACACUGGUAUCACUGGGAACACUGGCAUCACUGUGAACACUGGCAACACUGUAAACACUGCAUGUGAACACUGCCAUCACUGCGAACACUGGCAUCACUGCGAACACUGGCAUCACUGCGAACACUGGCAUCACUGGAAACACUGUAAUCACUGGCAUCACUGUAAUCACUGGCAUCACUGCAAACACUGGCAAACACUGCGAACACUGGCAUCACUACGAACACUGGCAUCACUACGAACACUGGCAACACUGUAAACACUGGCAACACUGUAAACACUGGUAUCACUGGGAACACUGGGAUCACUGCGAACACUGGCGUCACUGUGAACACUGGGAUCACUGUGAACACUGGCAUCACUGCGAACACUGGCAGCACUGCAAACACUGGCAUCACUGCGAACACUGGCAUCACUGCAAACACUGGCAUCACUGCGAACACUGGCAUCACUGCGAACACUGGUAUCACUGGGAACACUGGCAUCACUGUGAACACUGGCAACACUGUAAACACUGCAUGUGAACACUGCCAUCACUGCGAACACUGGCAUCACUGCGAACACUGGCAUCACUGCGAACACUGGCAUCACUGGAAACACUGUAAUCACUGGCAUCACUGUAAUCACUGGCAUCACUGCAAACACUGGCAAACACUGCGAACACUGGCAUCACUACGAACACUGGCAUCACUACGAACACUGGCAACACUGUAAACACUGGCAACACUGUAAACACUGGUAUCACUGGGAACACUGGGAUCACUGCGAACACUGGCGUCACUGUGAACACUGGGAUCACUGUGAACACUGGCAUCACUGCGAACACUGGCAGCACUGCGAACACUGGCAUCACUGCGAACACUGGCAUCACUGCGAACACUGGCAUCACUGUAAACACUGUAUGUAAUUAUUGCGUAGGUGGGACUCUGUAAUUAUUCACUCUUUAUGGAUCCAUCUUACAUGAGACAUCAACCAAAUUUUGGGAGAUUCCACAUAAUACACAUUAUCAAGAAGCAUGGAAAUGAAGUUUGGGGGGGUCUUAGAAAGCUCUGUGUAAGGCCACAAACAUAAAAAAGUGUUUCGCGGCGUUACGGUGGGGGACAACACACGUACACAUCGUUUCAGGAUUAAGCCACACCCCCUGCACAAAAGUCUACGUUUUAACUUCCGUUGCCAAUCCCUCUCUUCUUUAUCUAUGUUUCAAGGCACUGUUAGUCUUAUUUUCUCUCUGGCUUUUAUCCACUUUCAGUUCUAAUUAUGAGCACUUAUAUACAAAUGCAGGUAUAAUAAUCCAUGUCUAGUUGCUGUUGUUAGAAGCUGCAAAGAGAGACAUGCAGAUCGGCAAACUGUCGUUUAUUGUACUGGUAACACUCAACAUUUGUUUAGGGGCUCAAGGCUGUUCUCAUCAUGGAGAUAUUCGACUGGAAAGUGGUGAUGCUCUACUGAAUAGUAGUGGUGCUGUACAAGUUUGCUAUGGCAACGUGUGGAAAAGUAUGUGUAGUGCAGAAAUAAUAGAUGGUCAAACGAAGAGGCGAAUGUAGUCUGUGCUCAGCUUGGAUACAGCAACCAUAGUACUAAUCAUUCGUAUAAAUGCCGCUCAAAUAAUACAAAUGGAUACUUCAGAAAUGUGAACAGUCAUGGCACCGAACACAAACUUCUUGAAUGUGGCUACGCGAAUAACCCUAGUACAUGUAACCAAGGUGGAGGUUGCAAUGGUUUGAGGAGAGAUGCCACUGUGAGCUGCUUACUAGCAAACUGCAGUAAUGGUGAAGUGCGUCUGGUGAACUCGAGAGUGGAGUCUUGCCUCAAUGGUCGGUGGGGAGGAGUAUGCAGUGUAGGGUGGACAGAAGCAAUGGCAGGUCUCCUUUGCUCUGAACUAGGAUUCUUUAAUGGUAAGAGUGGUUUGAGAUUGUUAUUCAGUCAACAGUGACAAGAACUGAGAAUGUUUCUCAAAGUGUCACAAGUGAAGUAGAACAACCCUCUAGCGAAAUGAUGGGAAGCUGUCCUAUUGCCUUUUUGGGAGGAGUGAUUGGUCUUCUGGUGGUUGCACUCCUAGGACUUGCUAUUGGAUUGACUGCAUGUAACUUGCUGUGUGUUGGGGAAAUGCAGGUCACAGAAACAGCAAGCUGAUUCUCAAGUGCAAGAACUCUCAACAAUUCAACCACAACUGAACAACCCAGUACACAAUGUGAGCAUGGAACCUAACAAUGCAUACAGCUGCAGUGGACCCAUUUACGAACAAGUUGCCAAUGGCAAUGAGCAAGACCACACUGUGGUAUCCUGACUUUACAUGUAUUUUAUGUGUUCAACACGAGUUGUAGGCUGAGUCCAAGGUAUCUAUGGGAUUAUGAUACCCAGAGGGCCUGAGGCUGUAGUGCCCCCCAGUGCAGCGAGGGGGCUACUAAGGGCCUGAGGGUCUCAUAAUCCCAUAGUGACCGUUGAACGAGGCCUAUAACUGAUUUAGAAUAGUACUAAGCAAGCUAGGCUAUAUUAACACAAAGAAGACUCUGCAACCAAGAGUUUCUACAAGCCUCAAGCAACGUUAAAGCUUUGCUCUGACUAGUCUACAUAACAUUGAAGUAGGGGUUGGUAGAUUAUGCUGGCAUAGCAUUUUUUGGGUGAGAAUUAUGCUGGCAUAAUAGGCACCUCUAUGAGAAUAAUAGGCAGGUUUUGGAAAUACAGGUCACUACAAAUCAUAGUAUAAACAUUUGUAGGCCUGAUGGAAGUAUAUACUGAUGGUUAAUUAUCUCCUUGUCAUAGUGUAAUAGAUAGAGUCAUGUGGCCAUUACUUAUAGUUUGAUGUUACUUGUACAACGACAUGGGGUCUAUGCUGUACUUUGGAGGAAUAAUAGGCAAUUUGAAAAGAAUAAUAAGCUGCUAACUUGAGCAUAAAAGAAUAGCAUAUAUCUCGAGCAUAAUUUACCAACCCCUACAUUGAAGGCCGUUUUUCCAUCUCUUGAAUAUCAUAGUAACGAUGAUGCACUGCAUUAUUAAAAAUUAAGUAUUUGUGUCUGCAGUGCAGCUUGCAGCUUUUGUCCUACUCUUGCAGCUACCAAUAGCUAGUGCUCUAGUGUAGAGCUAACUACUAAGUAACUUUCUAUUAGCAGUUUUUGCUAUGUUAAUAUAGCCUAGCUUGCUUAGCACUAUUCUAAAUCAGUUAUAGGUCUCGUCCAACGGUCACUAUGAGAUUACGAGAUCCUCAGGCCCUUAAUAGCGCCCUAUUAAUGAUGGUAGACUAUAUAAUAUAAUAUAGAGUCUCAAUAGUCAAGAAUGGAAAACUGUAUGCCAAAAAAGCCACAGAUCGAAUAUCGAUGAGGCUAAUGUCGCAUGCAGACUGCUCGGCACGAGGAUAAUGAGUAAAUAGCUUCUAUAAUAAUUAUGCUCUGCUAGAUACAUAUAUAGAGGGCGGGGCAACUAUAAGACAACCGUGCAAUUACUGAAAAUUACAUAUGAGAACGGAAACAGAGAGCCACCAGCAAAUAGUUGCACUCAAUGAGCUAUAGUUGAUUUUGUGACGUCUUUCAUAAACGACUGAAUUUCGUCAGAUAUCGAAUUUCGUCAGCUAAAAGUGCUUAUAAUGCACGUAAAAAACGAGAUUGAUUCUAACUAACUGCACACACUAAUAGAUGGGUUGAUGUCUCAUGUAAGACGGAUCCAUAAAGAGUGAAUAAUUACAGAGUCCCACCUACGAAAUAAUUACAUGCAGUGUUUACAGUGAUACCAGUGUUCGCAGCGAUGCCAGUGUUCGCAGUGAUGCCAGUGUUCGCAGUGAUGCCAGUGUUUGCAGUGAUGCCAGUGUUCGCAGUGAUGCCAGUGUUCGCAGUGAUACCAGUGUUUGCAGUGAUGCCAGUGUUCGCAGUGAUGCCAGUGUUUACACGCCCUUUUACCUGACGCACUUUGAUGUCUGACGAAGUUCGGCGACUUACUCUAUAUUAGCGCUUAUAGCUAGAAUAUUGCUGACUCAGCACUUUACAACCUCACAAAGAAACAAGUGUAGCUCCUGUGAGGGAUCGGGGAUUUAGAGUAUUUGAGAUAACAUUGAUUCAGUUUUCACAGUCAGUUCGAUGGCACUCAACGAAGAAUACAAAACUCAACACUUAAAUACUAAACACCUGUUUCUAGAAUGUUCUACUAACAAAACACAUGAUCUAAAAUGUUCUAGAAUGUUCUACUAGUGAUUACUAUAGUACUUGUGGUUUACCACAUGAUUAGCAAUGUCCUGUGAGACCGUGUCCUCACACUUCGUUUUGCAGGGUCGCCUGAUUCUGGGAAUUGCUCCACUCUGUAUUGCACUCUAUUUAGAUUGUACUCAGCUUGUGUCAGCUAGCUCUAGCUGUGUAGUUUGGCAAAAACGGGGAUCGGUACGUUCUGACGAAAAUCGAAAAAUUCGGUAGUUUUUCAAGUUAUCACUGCUCGGACUGGAAGCGACUUGGCCUAUCCAAGUUUUCGCUGGAUAAUAGGCCCAUGGCCAUCUGUUAGUGUGUGUAAUUAGUUUAAAUCAGUCUUGUUUUGUUUGUGCAUUACACACCCUUUUACCUGACGCACUUUGAUGUCUGACGGAGUUCGGCGACUUAUCUAGCUAAAAUAAUUAUUGUCGUGCCAUAUUUACUUGCAUAAAAUGUAUGCAUCUUAUUGUAUUCCUGAAGUAGUUUAAAUACUGAAACCUUAUGAUCCAGGAAGUGAAUCCAGAAAAUAAUAAUAGCUAAGUAGAGGUCUAACUACAUUUAGAUUUAUUUGAGUCAGUAACAAGAAGCUACAAAAAUACAUGGAGAUCAUCAAUCUGUUAUUUAUUGUACUGGUAACACUGACAAUAUUUUCGGGGACUCAAAGCUGUUCUCAUGGAGAUAUUCGACUGGAAAGUGGUGAUGGUCCACUGAAUAGUAAUGGUGCUGUACAAGUUUGCCAUGGCAACGUGUGGAAAAGUAUCUGUAGAAAUAGUGGAUGGUCAAGUGAAGAGGCGAAUGUAGUCUGUAGCCAGCUUGGAUAUAGCAACCAAGGCAUGUGCUUAAAUUGAUGUAUCUUUGAGUGAAAACUGUGCAUGUUUAUAUAUACGUUCGUAUAAAUGCCUUUCACCUAAUGAAAAUGGAAUGUGGACUGUCUUGGUACCGAACACUUGAAUGUGACUACGUCAAUAACCCUACAUGUAACCAAGGUGGAGGUUGCAGUGGUUUGAAGAGAGAUGCCACUGUGAGCUGCUUGCUAGGUAAUCUCUUUUAAAAAUGUUUAGGUUCCAAUUGUCAAUUGCACCGUGUAUAGUAAACUGCAGUAACGUGUCUAAAGCAAGAUUUCGUUACCCGACUAGUGAACCAAGAAUGUACUACGAACUGUGAAACAAUGUCAACUAGUACAGAAGUUAGUGAUGAUCAGUCAACAGUGCCAACAACUGAGAACAUUUCUCACGGAAGUAGUCAAAACUGUGCCAUUGCAUCCAGUGCCACAAGCGAAGUAGAACAACCCUCCAGCAAAAUGGUGGAAAACAAUAACUGUACAUGUCCAAUUGCCUCCUUGGGAGGAGUGAUUGGUCUUCUGGUUGGUCAUGCUCCUAGGACUUGCUAUUGGAUUGACUGUAACUUGCUGUGUGUUGGGGAAACACAGGUCACAGAAACAGCAAGCUGACAACAGUUCUCAAGUGCAAGAGCUCUCGACAAUUCUAAACAACCCAGUGGACAAUGUGAGCAUGGAAUCAAACAAUGCCUACAGCUCCAGUGGACCCAUUUACGAACAAGUUGCCAAUGGCAAUGAGCAAGAUCACACUGUGGUAUCCUGACUUCUCCGCAUGUAUUUUAUGUG